AAAUCUUGUAUUCGACUGUCUCUUCGUGAACUAGAUGAGCCAUGUAAUACUCAAAAGAAGGAGGACUUUCUCACGGCAUGGAAACUAAUUAUGGACCUGCCACCAACUAAUCCGAACUCAUUCUGGUCAAUAGCAUCAUACCAUGGCAUGCCAUUCAAAUACCGUGAAGUUCCACUGCUUGGGGAUGAAAGUAAGAAGGACUCCAGUGGCACUAGUAACGAUAAGGUUCGAGAACUGGAGACAAUGUGGGGUGGCUACUGCCAACAUGCCAAUGUUCUCUUCCCAUUUUGGCACCGACUUUAUUGCCAUCGUUUAGAACAGGCACUGCAGUCAGUACUGGAAAAGGGGAAAGAACGAGUGGCAUUGCACUACUGGGAUGAAUCAAGCGAAGAAACCAAGAAGAAAGGUCUGCCCGACAUCGUCACACACAAGAAGGUGAAAAUUGGUGGGAAGAGUGUGUCAAAUCCCCUGUUCAAAUUCACGCUGCCCAUGCCCAUUAAUGAUUAUGUUCCAAACAAGAAAGAAGAUGUUCCAAGCUUUGAUGUAAAUAGCAAGUUUUAUCAGAAAGAAGUUGGCUAUGACACCUGCAGGUAUCCAUACUCGGGCAUCCGAAAUCCUGAUGCUGCUAAGGAAGCCGCAGACCGUCACAAUGCCAGUAUCAAAGAGGAAGAUGCGAUACCCCUUUUACAAGAAAACAUCAAGCGCUGGCUACUUGGUGGUAACACAGGUGAAGUAUGUAAACCACCUGAAGCGUGUGAACUAGUUAUGGGUGUUGCCGAGCAGUUUGAACGUUGCCUUGAGACACAAGAGUACAAUCCAUUCUCAAACACGACAAGUGCUGGUUGUGAUAAGCUUGGUUCAUUUGCUUCAAUUGAGCAGCCACAUAAUGAUCUACAUUUGGCCGUAGGUGGAUUCACACAACCGGAAAUUAAUAAAGAUGGAAGCGUCAAAGAGGAUGCCCAGGGCAACGUCAAGUUGCUUGGUCCAAUUCACGGAGCAAAUGGUGACAUGGGUGCGAACGAGGUGGCUGCGUACGACCCAGUUUUCUUCUUGCAUCACAGCAACAUUGAUCGCAUGCUUUCGGUCUGGCAGAAGAAGCAUAAGAAGACGAAUCCGGGACCAUUCACCAUUGACAACAGUGAUGAAAAUGACCAAGGCAUCUCGAACAGCAGGCAAGGUGCUACUCCCUACCAGACAUGGGGCCAAAAGCUAAACGAGAAUACCAUUCUUUACCCGUUUCAAGAUGAGUACGGUGUCCCUCGAAAAUCCCUCGAUUGCAUCGACAUUGUCAGUCAGCUUGGUUAUGAUUACUCCAUUGGCUCGCUGGAUCGACAAGACUGGCCUGAACCUGAAGAAGUAAAGACGAUCUCCCUGCUACAUAAACGCGUGGAGGACAUUCGUUCUGAGCUGGAAGAUUUUGAACGGAAAAAGAAAAAGAGAAGUGCCACAGGUCCCCAACGCCUCCGACUGAUAUUUGACCUUACUCAACUUCCUGAAAUGCAGGAAUGUUUUCCUGGCAUGCCCAUGUUACCACAUGCUCCUUUCGACUUUGAAAUAAAGGGACUGCAUUGCCGUUUGGAAGAUUUUAUUCAGGUCUUGGAUGUCAGCAAGGACAAGAUUUCAGGAUCUUUCCUUGUGCAAGUGUUCUACAGAGCAACUACUGGAAAGCUAUACUAUCUGGGACAGCGCGGUGUUCUGUCCAGGUGGAGCAGAAGCAACUGCGCUAACUGCCAGGAACGCAGGAUGGCUGACAUCUCCAUUCUAAUCAAAAGAGUGGACAGUGCUCAUUUUGACCUAAAGAAAAACCUAGAGGUGCACCUUGUGGGUAAGGACGGGAUGAACGGUAAGUACAUAACAGAGGUAAUCCCUGGCAAAGAUCUGGCAGCUGACGGAAGUGCU